UCAAGGAGGUGCCGAUGCAAAGGAAAUAUUUCCGAACUGCACUGAACCGAACUGAACUGGAAAAGCUUGAACUGUCAUUACAUUUUGAGGGUAAUUAAAGAUUACUAAUAAAGUUGCAAUGGCGACAUCGACAGCUGUGGAAAAAUGUAGCUUUUGUGCAAAUAAUGCAAAAUACACUUGCCCUAGGUGCAAUUCUCAGUAUUGCUCUUCAGCUUGCUACAGAAAUGAAGCCCAUGCUCAAUGCUCAGAAAAUUUUUAUAAAGAGCAGGUGAAAGCAGAGCUUGAAGACAGCCAUUUGCCAAAAGAAUCACGUAGAAAGAUGGAGGAGAUUCUAAAGCGUGUUGAAUCUGAUGGUUCUGUCUUACCUGAUGGCAAUGAGGUUCUGGAUUCAGACGAUGAUGAAGAUGAAGUGGACCUAGCAGAGAGGAUGGCAGGUGUUGACCUCGGUGACAGCAAUACUGUUUGGAAGCUUCUAAGUGAUGAAGAAAGAGAAGAAUUUCGUGAACUGGUCAAUUCAGGAAACUUUGAAAAUUUGAUACCAACUUUUGACCCAUGGUGGGAACAAGAAGUACCUCUUGUACAGGAAGUCAAGGAUCAGAAAAAUUCUACUCCAGAGUAUUAUUCAAACUGUCCCCCUCUGACAGAAGUUCCUGUGUUGAGUGAAUUAACAAAAACUCCACCAUCCUCCUGCAUUCCAUUUAAUAUUUUGAAUGUCCUAACAUCUUAUGCAUGGAUGGUUCGGCUGUUCAAUGGAGAUCAUGAGGAGAGCAGUCUUGAUGCAACAGAGGCAUUACUGACUCUUUCAACUGUCUUAUCAACCAAUGCAAAUUUUGAAGAGGCAGUCAUUGCUGUUGAAAGCCCCAGGAUGGAGGCUCAACAUCAUUCUUGGUUGAUGGAAAGUGAAGAAUUUGCUGUUACUGUGAAAAAUGAUGUAAAAAAGAUUCUGCAGGGACCGUGCAAGAGUGACCAGAUGUUUUACAUAAAUGCUGCAUUCUCAGAUAUACACGCAGUUUUGAAUACAUCUAAAGCUAGUCUGUCUAAGAAGAAGAAAUCAACCGAUGGUGCAAGAGAAAGAAAAGGCCUCUUUGCAUCAGCAUUUGCUGAAGCUAAUCAGCAUGUUAAUUUGAAGCUUACAACUCUUCAGACAGUUAAGCUUUCCAUCAAGAAAAUUGAGUUUUUCCUCUCAUACUGUAAAGAACACUCUUCAGUCAUCUGUAAUUUAAUGCCAUCAUAGAGCUUUUUCUCCAUAAUUUAUGAGAUUUUGUCUGUGCUCUUAUGAGGAGAAAUGCCACAGAUUAUGGCUGCUAAAAGCUUUUAUUCAUGUGGCUUUAUGUUUGUAAAUGUAACCUUUUAUAUACUUAAGCAAGGAUUGUUAAGUUAGUGGCACAAAUCAUGUCAGAAUUUUCAGAUAGAGAAUGGUUGUGCUUCCAUGAUUUGUAUAAAGAAAUGGUAUAUUAAUCAAGUAUUUAAUGGAUGACUUUUAAGUGUAAGAGUGAAUUCAUGAGCUGCUAUAUGCUGUACUAAACCAUUGUUUAUACCAUAGAAUUCAUGGUUCAUUGCUGGAAAGUAGCUGGUACUUUUGGAAAUUCAUAAAGUGUACUUAACACAUGGACACAUCUAGUAGUGCUUUUUUUAUGGAUAUAAGUAUUACUAAGUGAUUAUUUACUUUUUCCUGUUAUUUUUAAAUUUUUAAUUAUUGUUAUUCUUUGGGAAAUAUGCACAAUUGUCUUUCAUGUUGGAGUAUUCAUCAACCUGAUCUGGAAUUGGUCACUGAAUCUUGGUAACAAGGUAGUAAGCUAGUGGUAGGAAGGUUAGUGGGGGUUUCCCAUCACCAAAUACUUAUCUUUUUCCUUGUCUUCGUCUUCUCAUUUCUGGGGGAAGAAGCUAGAAAGUUCCAUUGGUUCAAGUGAGUGAUUCUUUCUCCUUGUGGUUAGCAACAGUACUCACUUACCUGAGAGUAAGACAUCUGCUGUCAGAUGGUUCUUUGAGCAUUUUUGUGAAGCGAUAUCUCCCCACACAUUUCCAAAAUAUGAUGGCUGUCUCCGAGUAUGUAUUCCCCAGUUAAUAACUGUGUGUAGAUGCUCAGAGAAAAGUUUGUACUACGUACCUUCCUGUUCAACACAUGCAUGAUCCCUAGACUGUGUGCAUACAGAGAGAAGGUCCACAUGUGACAGGCCCCUGCUGUAUGAUAGUGUUGGGUAUUUGGUGACCUAUAUGCAUACAAUCUUAUUAACCCUUGGAUGGUGAUUAGUUCAUCAAGAACUCCGGAUAAUGUCAAACACAAUUACCAGAUCAUGCAAGCGCAACAGGGGUUUUGUACAUGAAAUGUUGCUACAUUAUGAUACCACUGAGUAUCAUAAUGAGCUGCAUGCAUGUAACUACACAAGCACUUUAGGUAUUCUUGGUAUGUCCAAGAUUCAUAUUGUGUGAGUGCAGUAGUGCACUGAGGCUUGUUUGUAGUGCCUGAUUAGGUUUCAACAGAUCAUGCAAAAGUCUAUGGAAAUGUGGACUGUGAUUUUAGUAAUUGCAAGUUAACUUCAACUCAUACUGUGUGAAGUCUACGGGUUUGUGGAUCACAAUCUAAAGCAGUUAUGAUGUAGUCCUGAAUUGUUAUUUAGCAAUAGGUACCACUAGAUCUGAUUGUUUGUAAUCAUGGUCUAAGAGCACUUACUAGGCCAGACUGGUGCGUCUGCCUCUUUUGCAGGAGAGGAUCAGAUUCUUACUCUGAGGCAUCUGUAGUCUGGGGAUAGUCAGUUGUUCUGACUGCUGUAGUUGCUGGCCACCUGCAGUGUCUUGGAUCAAAUGCUGAAUUUCAAGGAAUUAUCAAAUUUUAGUUAUUAGCAGUUUUGAACUGUUUUAUGUCUAAAUAAACAUAUCCUGAAGCAAUAAUGCUAAACCAAAUUUUUCUAGAUUGGUUUAUUGAAAGUUUUGUUCAUUUCUUAUAUGACACUGUGAAACACAAAUUGUGAAAAAGACUUGUAAAAAAGUCUGUAUGAAUAAUUCAGGUUAGGAUCAAGUAAGUUAUGUACUGUAUUGGACUUUUUUGUGUGUAAAUAAACAUAUAUAUCUAGAAAUGUUUUGGUUAAAAAACAAUGUUUAGAUUGGUUCUUGAACAAUCUUGUUCAUCGCUUGAAUGGCAGAUUGUAAAAAAACGUAAAAAAAGUAUGAACGAUCCUAGAUUGGAUCAAGUUUGAGGUAUACAUUAUUUUGGAUUGUUUUACAUGUAAAUAAACAUAUCUUGAAAUUUUAUUGCUAAAAGAAAUUUUUAGAUUGGUUAAUGGACAACUUUGUUCAUUGGUUUUACGGCACUGUGAAUGACAGAUUGUAAAAAAGCAUGAAAAACAAAUGUAAAAAUAAUUUAUUCAAAAAUAAUUGUUCCCCAUUAAAAUAUCCCAUUCUCUCUACAGGACAUAUAGAGAGAAUAUCAUUACGUAUAAUGAUAUAGUAAUCUUGGGAGACAACACUAGAAACUUUUUCAAAAAACAAAGGGAAGGGACCAUUAGGAUCUUCUCCAUCCAAGCUAUCAAGAUUAUCCAGAAUUUUCUUGACGUUCCUGUAAAUGCAAAUUUUGUAAGAAUAGGAUCAGGAUGACAAGUAUCAGGGAGAUGGAUAUCCUUAGCUGAUUGCUUUGCUUCAACAGCUUGAUAAAGCAAUUCAGCCUCCUCCCUAGGGCCAUUAAUCAAUCUACCAUCAUAUGUUAGUAGUGGUUGAAUAUCAAAUGAGCCUGACCCAAAGAUAGAUGAUGCCAAUGUGGUCCACCACAGAUGAGACUAAGUCCUUGAAGUUUAUUCUUCAAGGAAUUAUUGUAAUUUCACUUGGCUGUACGGUAAGUUCUGUUGUCAGCACGGCGAGACUCAAAAAUCAUACAUAAUUUUCAAUUGAACCAUUUUUCUCCCCUUGCAUUGAAUUUGGUCUGUUUUUCAUGGUAAGCUCAUCCACAUGUAUCAUCAAACAAUGGCUGGACAUUUGUCCUAAAUUUGAUGAACUUUCUAGGGACAUACAUAUCUUAUAUUUCAUUUAGCUUCUUGGGAUCUGGAUCUGAUAUAACAACUGACAUUUUAAGAGCCUGACAAGCUUCAGCAAUGCGAUCCCAAUUGGCUCUGGAUUUCAGCCACACCAUUUUUCCAGCGUUGAAUUAGGAUUAUAUUUAUUGACAAAUAUCUCUCUCUCUCUCUCUCUCUCUCUCUCUCUCUCUCUCUCUCUCUCUCUCUCUCUCUCUCUCUCUCUCUCUCUCUUCUCUCUCUCUCUCUCUCUAGGCCAAGGUUUACCUGUAAGUUCAUUGAAUCUGACAUGAAAAAUUUGUAGAACUACUGUGCAGACCAUAGUAUGUAAAGGAUUAGGUAAGUGAAAUUCCACAUUUUUAUUAAAGAAUUAUUACAUAUGUGAUAAAAUAUCUGGCCAUGACACUGUCAAAGGAGUCGUUAAUCAGUCUAGGGCACCGUAAGGUGGAUUGCGGUGCCCGUAGACGUUUGAAUUUCAGUUAUUGGUGAAUUUUGGUUGCCGUCAACCUGCCUGUAUGUACUGCAUCAAACAAAUAUGAGGUAGGCUGUAUUUCAAGCAUCCUGUCUUGAGCUCCAGUUCAUAACAUGAAUUCUUUUGAUCAUCCUUUUAAAAAGGGAGCACAGGGUGGGGAAUAAAACCAUAAUCUGAACCCUUUUUAUAAUAUUGACUAGAUUUCAUCCUCUUCGGACUUGUAAAAGUCAUACUUGCUUCUCUGAGGUUUCCCUGUAAGAGUGAGAAUCCAGACACUUCUCACUAGGGCUCAGAUCCCUAUCAUUAUGGCAUCAUUAUACCAGAUCUCUAUUGACUGGGAACAUGAAAUUUCCAGUUGAUGAUUCAUCUUACCAGUGUGUUGAGAGACUAUUUCUCACCUAAAGUGUGAGUGACAUAUGUAAAUGACAGUGGUUGUCUUUCUGUCAGAACAAAUGACAAAUUUUUAAAAGUACUUAAUGUUUUUCUUAGGUGAACAAGUCAGAGCCUUUUACCAUAAUCCCACCUCAGCCACCCUAAGAUUAGUUCUUGAUGUUUCACCAGUUAAGUAUUUGUUUCCAAGCUUCAACAAUGGAUUCCAGUUCAUGCUGAGGAAUGCUCCUGCAUAAAAGACUUGUGUUUGUAUACCCAGGAAAUGUGUUAUAUUUAUGUGAAAUUAAGUUGCUUUAGCAUUAUUCUUUUAACUGUGCUAUCAUCUAAAGUAUUUUUACUUCCAUGGGAUUUUCCUGAUAUGGGGAAUGAUAUUCUGCUUAGUAGAUAUAUUUUCUGUGGCUGUUGAUAUUGUAGGAAGGCUGAUGGGAAGUAUUUGGUAUCAGAACACAGUUUUUAAGUAAAGUACAACAGUGUUUCAGAGAUGGUAGAUUAAAUUGGAGUGUUUUGUAUUUAUAUGUUAGUUGAUUUAUAAUUUGAAAAACAUCAUUGUAGACUUUCCUCUAAAAAUAAUUUAUAUCCUAACAUAUAAUGUGUUUCCCAGUAAUUUAUCCAAUUACUUAUAAUUAGUAUAGAUCUACACAUAGUCACAAAUAUUAAUAGGGUAUCAGAAUUUUCAGAAUUGUAUGAGAAAUAUGUAGGUUUAGGUAGAUGUAAAACCACUCAUAAUUGUGAUGUUAGGCUAGUUACAGAUAGUGAUUGGAGAUAAGUAGACUUAAGAAACAAAUAUGAUACAGUAUCAUUUAUGGAUUUUGAAUCAGUUGAAAGUUCAGGAGUCUUUGGAUUUUAAUAUGACCUUUUGGUUCAUGAAUAGAGUAUUUUUCUGAAAGAAUAAGCACUGCUGUUUGAAAAAAUUGUUUAGUAUGAUUAGUAGUGCAUCUCAAAGCACUCUUGCAUGCAGAAGUGUUCCCCAUUUUAAAGUGCAGUUUUAAGAGUGUGUGUAUGGCUCCUAACUGUUGAUGUGUAUUUUGUUGACCUCCACUGAAAAAAUAAACCCCUCCCUGCACAA